CCCCGGGUCAACGGGCGUUGGGCAACGGUCCGCGCGUGCUGGGGUCUGGCGCGGGCGCUUGGACCCGCGCGCGGGCGGCGUCCCCUCCUCAGGACCCCGUGAGGGAGAGAGGAGGAGGGAGCGGCUCCUCAGCGGCUCCGAGCGGCCCUUGGGGCGGGCUGGGCCGUCCCGAGGUGCCCAGCGCCUUCGCCUUCUCUUCUGCGAGGUGUCGCCGGACAGGAUUUGGAUUGUGUUCUACCUUUUUGUUUUUAAUGGUCACCUUUAGGUCAUCUUGAGGAAUCUUCCAAGAAAACAGGACUAGUAGUAAGAAAAUGAUGUUUAAUAAAAGUAUCUUCACAACACAGUCAGACUGAAACAGGAACAAGUUCUCUGGAGCCAUGUGGUUAUGAUAUUAUUGAGAUUCCAUAAUGCCUCCUGCCGUGACAGACAGCCUUGACAUCUGGGCAGUGGAUUCACAGAUUGGUGCUGAUGGCUCAAUAUCUGUGGACUUCCUGCUGCCCACUGGAAUCUACAUCAACUUGGAUGUCCCUCGAGAUGCCACCAUAUCUCAUAUUAAACAGCUGUUAUGGAAGCAGGCACAUGCCUAUCCACUCUUUCAUCUCCUGAUGGAGAUUGACUCUUACAUGUUCUCAUGUGUGAAUCAGACUGCUGUACAUGAAGAAUUAGAGGAUGAAACACGAAGACUUUGUGAUGUCAGACCUUUUCUUCCUGUCCUUAAGCUAGUAACAAGGAAUUGUGAUCCAGGAGAAAAGUUGGAUUCCAAAAUCGGUGUCCUUAUAGGCAAAGGUCUCCAUGAGUUCGAUGCCUUACAAGAUCCUGAAGUGAAUGACUUCCGAGCUAAAAUGCGGAGAAUCAGUGAGGAAAAGAUUCAGUCUCUUGUGGGUCUCUCCUGGAUGGAUUGGUUGAAGCACACUUACCCACCUGAACAGGAACCUGUUAUCCCAGAGAGCUUUCAAGAUAAGCUCUACAGUGGAAAUCUGGUAGUGGCAGUUCAUUUUGAUAACUGCCAGGAUGUAUUUAGUUUCCAGGUGUCUCCUAACAUGAAUCCCAUCAAGCUGAAUGAGCUGGCAAUCCGAAAACGCUUGACUAUCCAUGGAAAAGAAGAUGAGGAAGUUGAUCCUGCUGAUUAUGUGCUGCAAGUUAGUGGAAGGCUAGAAUAUGUUUUUGGUGAUCACCCAUUAAUUCAGUUUCAGUACAUACGCAACUGUGUGAUGAACAGGACUCUUCCUCAGCUGACUCUAGUUGAGUGUUGCACCAUAAAGAAAAUGUGUGAGCAAGAGAUGAUUGCCAUAGAAGCUGCCAUAAAUCGAAAAUCAUCCAACCUUCCUCUUCCUCUGCCACCAAAAAAAACAAGAACAACAACAAGUGUAUGGGAUAUUUCCAACCCUUUCAAGAUUGUUCUGUUAAAGGGUAAUAAAUUAAAUACAGAAGAAAAUGCCAAAGUUCACGUUAGGGCUGGUCUUUUCCAUGGUACAGAGCUACUUUGUAAAACUAUUGUAAGCUCAGAAAUAUCUGGGAGAAGUGACCAUGUGUGGAAUGAAGUAUUAGAGUUUGAAAUAAAUGUCUGUGAUCUACCAAGAAUGGCAAGGCUCUGCUUUGCAGUUUAUGCUGUGAUGGAUAAGAUGAAAACUAAAAAGUCAACCAAGGCAAUGAACCCUUCCAAAUACCAAACCAUUAGGAAAGCAGGAAAAGUGCAUUAUCCUGUAGCCUGGGUAAAUACCAUGGUAUUUGAUUAUAAAGGACAGUUGAAGAAUGGAGAACUGGUACUGCACAGCUGGUCAUCAUUUCCUGAUGAACUUGAAGAAAUGUUGAAUCCAAUGGGAACUGUCCAGACUAACCCUUACACUGAAAAUGCAACAGCUUUGCACAUUAGAUUUCAAGAAUACUCAAAACAGUCUAUUAAUUACCCUCCCUUUGAUAAGAUACUUGAAAAGGCAGCUGAGAUUGCAAGAAGCAGUGACAAUGCUGCAAUGGCGGGUCGAGGUGGUAAGAAGUUUUAUAUUGUUUUAAAAGAAAUAAUGGAAAGAGAUCCUUUAUCUCAACUCUGUGAAAAUGAAAUGGAUCUUAUUUGGACUUUGCGAUAUGACUGUCGUGAAAAUUUUCCACAAUCAUUGCCAAAACUGCUGCUUUCUUUGAAAUGGAACAAACUUGAAGAUGUUGCUCAGCUUCAGGCUCUCCUUCAGAUAUGGCCAAAACUGCUGCCUAGAGAAGCAUUAGAAUUGUUGGAUUUCAAUUAUCCAGACCAGUAUGUCAGGGAAUAUGCAGUGGGUUGUUUAAAGCAAAUGAGUGAUGAAGAGCUCUCUCAGUAUCUUCUUCAACUUGUGCAAGUCCUGAAAUAUGAACCUUUUCUUGAUUGUGCUCUCUCCAGAUUUCUACUGGAGCGAGCACUCGCUAAUAGGAGAAUAGGACAGAUGUUGUUUUGGCAUCUAAGGUCAGAGGUUCACAUCCCUGCUGUUUCAGUGCAGUUUGGAUUGAUACUUGAAGCUUACUGCCGAGGAAGUGUGGCUCAUAUGAAAGUGCUUGCUAAACAGGUGGAAGCCCUCAAUAAGAUGAAGACUUUAAAUAGUCUAAUUAAGCUGAAUGCCAUGAAGCAAAGCAAAGCAAAAGGAAAAGAUGCAAUGCAUACAUGUUUGAAACAAAAUGCUUACAGAGAAGCACUUUCUGACCUCCAGUCUCCUCUGAAUCCUUCUGUUAUACUUUCAGAACUACAUGUUGAGAAGUGUAGAUAUAUGGAUUCUAAAAUGAAACCUCUGUGGAUAGUGUACAACAAUAAAAUGUUUGGAGGAGAUCUUGUAGGAAUCAUCUUUAAAAAUGGUGAUGAUCUCCGACAGGACAUGUUGACCCUCCAGAUGCUGCGUUUGAUGGACAUACUUUGGAAGGAAGCCGGUCUGGAUCUCCGGAUAUUGCCCUACGGCUGUUUAGCAACUGGAGAUCACUCUGGCCUUAUUGAGGCUGUUUCUAGUUCAGAAACAAUUGCUGACAUUCAGUUAAAUAGUAGCAAUGUUGCUGCUGCUGCUGCCUUCAACAAAGAUGCUCUCUUAAACUGGCUGAAGGAAUAUAAUUUGGGUGAUGACUUGGAUCGAGCCAUUGAAGAAUUUACACUGUCUUGUGCUGGCUACUGUGUAGCUACUUACGUACUGGGGAUUGGUGACAGACACAGUGACAACAUCAUGGUCAGGAAAAAUGGUCAGCUCUUUCAUAUAGAUUUUGGGCAUAUUCUUGGAAACUUCAAAUCCAAAUUUGGAAUUAAAAGGGAACGGGUACCUUUCAUACUCACCUAUGAUUUUAUUCAUGUUAUUCAACAAGGAAAAACAGGGAACACUGAAAAAUUUGGUCGGUUCCGGCAGUAUUGUGAAGAAGCGUACUUGAUCCUGCGAAAACAUGGAAACCUAUUUAUUACACUCUUUGCACUGAUGUUAACUGCAGGGCUUCCAGAGCUAACUUCUGUCAAGGACAUCCAGUAUCUCAAGGACUCCCUUGCCUUGGGGAAGAGUGAGGAAGAAGCACUAAAACAAUUUAAACAGAAGUUUGAUGAAGCACUUCGGGAAAGUUGGACUACUAAAGUGAACUGGAUGGCUCACACUGUUCGAAAAGAUUACAGAUCCUAGAAGAUAUUUACAUUUGCACUAGUCUGAAUGUUACCUUGAAAAGUGUUUUUAGAGGAGAUCUGUAGUAUGGAUCAACAAAACUUAUUUUAAACGAGAAAGGAAACAAAACCAAGAAAUGGGCUGAAAUAACUCCUGAGUCUUUUGCACUCUGCUUCUGAAUGCUUGAUUCCAAGACAGUCUCUAUGAAAAGUGAACAUCCUGGAUAAUCAGUUCCUGCUGACUUUGCACGCUGAGAGCUACUAGGCAUUUUUAAAAAUUCUUUGGUACUUUAUGGAGGUGUAAAUAUUUGUUUUUAUACGUUAGGGUAACAUGCUCUAACAUACUCAGGAGGUUUGAAGACCUCUGAUGGAACUGUUCUUUACUUAAAGUUGAGACUUGAAGAGUAAUUUUUUUUUUUUUUUUUUUUUUUUUUUUUUUUUUUGGUGUCCUAAUCUGGCUAAAAAUGACCAUAUCAUGUAUAUUUUUCAUAUGAACUCUGCCCUACUGGCACACAUGCAUUAAUUCUGUAAAUAGCAACCACAGUAUCAUUGUACUACCGGGAGCUGCUUAAUGUCUUACACUGCUGCUGAAAGGAAAGGAAAGGAAAGUAGAUUUUGGUGAGAUUGGAGUGGGUGGAGGGUGAGAUGGGGGGGAGAGGCUUUGAAAAGGACGCAGCAUCCCAGUGUUCAGGUUGCACAGUUUUGCUCCCCUGACAUGACAAACACACAGAGAAGCCCUUCGAUAAGAGGAACAUUAGGCCAGUUCCUAACGUGUCUGAGAAUCCCUCAUUGGUUACAGUCUCCCAUUCUGCCUCUGGGACUUUGUUUUUAGCUCCUUAAAUGUACUUUUAUUUCAGGUUCAGGAAGAAGCUCCUUACACUGAAAGUCAUAUCUCAGAUAAGUUACACCAUGCAAAUGUACCAGCUUCUGUAAGGGAAAUUUUCAAAUAUGUUACAUAUAGUGAUUUUUAGAGCAUACAAACCAAAAACCCCAAAUGUUUAGAAAAGCAAGUGUUCAUGGGAAAAGAUCAUUCCAUAAAAUACCAAUGAGUAGUCAUUAAUCUUUUCUUUCUGUAUUUAUUAAAAACUUGUGGUAAUGUUGCUUUACCAAGAUAUAUGUGUGGAGGAUGGUUGCUGAAGAAACUGGACUUGUUUUAAUUUAUUUAGUGAGGUACCAGGCUUUUAGGUGCUUAAAUGGAGAGCAAAUUUGUUAUGUGCAAUAGGGAACUGCUGGUUAAAAGAUGUAAUAUGCUGUUUUUGAACAUCAGCAAGAUAGACUUUAACUACUGCUUGUUCUCCAAAGAACACUGGUAGCUCUCAAUUCUUGUUGAUAUUUGAAUGAGAAUUAAACAUAAAUAUUUACUUUUUGACUAAACAAUUGUUUUGCAUAGAAGUGUUGUUUUAUGUAGGAAUUUAAUUAAAGGUGGUUUUACUUU